AUGGCUUCAAUAGAUUCUCGAAGUGGUUUCUGCAACUCGAAUUCGACAUUCUACAGCAAACGGACUCCAAUUCCGUUGCCGCCUAAUCCGUCGCUCGACGUUACCACUUUCAUAUCUUCUCAGGCUCACCGCGGCCGUAUCGCCUUCGUCGACGCCGCCACAGGCAAGAAUCUCUCCUUCUCCGAGCUAUGGCGCGCCGUGGAAUCCGUCGCCGAUUGUCUCUCCGAGAUGGGGAUUCGCAAGGGUCACGUCGUCCUUCUCCUCUCCCCGAACUCAAUUUUGUUCCCCGUCGUCUGUCUCUCCGUGAUGUCACUCGGCGCCGUUAUCACCACCACGAACCCUCUCAACACUCCCGGCGAGAUCGCCAAACAGAUUAAGGACUCAAACCCCGUGCUCGCCUUCACCACCUCGCAGCUCCUCCCGAAAAUCGCCGCCGCGACGUCGGGUUCUAAGAAGCUCCCGAUCGUGCUCAUGGACGAGGAGCGAGUUAACUCAGUGAGUGAGGUGAGAAGAUUGGUGGAAAUGAUGAAGAAGGAGCCGAGUGGAACCCGAGUUAAGGAGCGAGUCGACCAGGAUGACACGGCGACUCUGCUUUACUCCUCCGGAACCACCGGGAUGAGCAAAGGAGUGAUCUCCUCUCACCGUAACCUAAUCGCGAUGGUGCAAACAAUCGUGAAUCGAUUCGGAUCUGACGACGGAUCGCAAGGAGAGCAACGCUUCAUCUGCACCGUCCCUAUGUUUCACAUCUACGGCUUAGCUGCGUUCGCCACCGGACUCCUCGCUUACGGAUCGACGAUCGUCGUUCUCUCCAAAUUCGAGAUGCACGAGAUGAUGUCGGCGAUUGGCAAGUACAAAGCCACGUUUCUUCCUCUCGUGCCGCCGAUCCUUGUGGCGCUGAUCAACGGCGCGGAUCAGAUCAAGGCUAAGUACGACCUGAGCUCUCUGCACACCGUUUUGUGCGGCGGAGCUCCGUUGAGCAAGGAGGUGACCGAGGGAUUCGCUGACAAGUAUCCGACGGUCAAGAUUUUACAAGGGUAUGGUUUGACCGAGUCAACGGGUAUAGGAGCUUCCACGGAUACUGUUGAGGAGAGCCGAAGAUACGGCACCGCAGGGAAGUUAUCGGCAAGUAUGGAAGGGAGGAUCGUGGAUCCGGUUACGGGUCAAGUUCUUGGACCGAACCAUACCGGUGAGCUCUGGCUCAAGGGUCCUUCCAUAAUGAAAGGUUAUUUCAGCAAUGAGGAAGCUACGAGCUCUACUCUUGAUUCUCAAGGAUGGUUAAGAACUGGAGAUGUGUGUUAUAUAGAUGAAGAUGGAUUUAUUUUCGUGGUUGAUCGGGUAAAGGAACUGAUUAAAUACAAAGGAUACCAGGUCGCUCCAGCUGAGCUAGAGGCUUUGUUGCUGACUCAUCCUGAAAUCGCGGAUGCUGCAGUCAUUCCGUAUCCGGACAAAGAAGUGGGGCAAUUUCCAAUGGCGUACGUUGUAAGGAAAACAGGGGGCUUCUUAUCAGAGAAGUCGAUAAUGGAGUUCGUAACGAAACAGGUAGCACCGUACAAGAAGAUACGAAAAGUGGCUUUCGUAUCUUCCAUACCAAAGAAUCCUUCAGGCAAGAUUUUGCGUAAGGACCUCAUCAAGGUCGCAACUUCCAACUCCAAGCUUUGA